AUGAACGCCAUAAAUGAGAACGCGAAUCAGCCAGACGUAUAUGUUCCAAUUCGCUUGGACAUGGAAAUCGACGGCAUUAAGCUCAGGGACUGUUUUACUUGGAACAAAAACGAGAUGUUGAUCACCCCAGAGAUUUUCGCCGAGGUGCUGUGUGAUGACCUGGAUCUGCCGCCCGUGACGUUCGUACCUGCAAUUUCUCAGAGCAUCAGACAACAGCUGGACGCAUUUCCCUCCGAUAACCUGUUUGCGGAACAGCCAGAUCAGCGGGCUAUUUUGAAAUUGAAUGUUCACGUUGGAAACUUGUCGCUAGUCGAUCAGUUCGAGUGGGACAUGUCACAACAAGAAAACAGUCCGGAACAAUUCGCAAUGAAGCUAUGCACUGACCUCGGCCUCGGAGGUGAAUUCGUUCCUACAAUCGCAUAUAGUAUUCGAGGACAGCUUUCAUGGCACCAGAGGACGUAUGCGUUCAGUGAAUCGCCAUUGCCGGAAGUAGAAUGUCCGUUUCGAAAUCCGAAUGAAGCAGAGCAAUGGGGACCAUUUCUGGAAACGCUCACAGACGCUGAAAUGGAGAAGAAGAUACGUGAUCAGGACAGAAACACGCGCAGAAUGAGGCGUCUAGCAAACACGGCCCCUACGUGGUAG